AUGUAAAUAAAUAAUAUAAUAGAUUUUGUGGAUGGUUUGCUUUCAUUAUUUUAAAUAAUUGUUGAUAUUUAAAGAUUAGAUAUAAAUAUAUCUAUCGGAAUGACAUGUAGAAUUAUAUUUUUUGUUGUUGCAAUAGUAUUUCGUGAUAUGAGAACAUAUUCAAUUGGGGAAUUUAUUGCUUAAAUAGUUGCAUGGUUUAUUUUUCAUUUUUAUAUAAUAUACUACGAGAGAAUAUAUUUUGAUAAAGGGGAAUCAAAGACUUUAGAAAGAGAAAAACGUUUUAAAUUAAUGGAUACAUUACAAUUAGGAAUUGGAACAGCAUAUUUAGCAUUUAAUUUUGAUUCAUUACUAGAAUUAUUGGCAUUAAUAUUUUUUUCUAUUAAUGUUGGAUUUAAUAUUAUUGAAUUAAUACUUAUAUAUUGUAAAAAUAAUCAUGUACCAAAUUAUGAAAAAUAAGGAGGAUAUUGUUAAUUAAUGAUUGGUUUAUUAUUAGGAAUUUUUGGUGUUAUAUUCUUUUUAAUUUAUUCAGCUACUAUCUAUUGGGAUGAUAUAUCAAAUUAAGAAUUAUUUCCACAUGUUCUCAUUAUCACUAUAAUAGGGGAAAUAAUGGCUUUUUUACUAUUUGCCUAUUUACUUUGUGAACAUAAUGCUGAAUUUGUUUGGACUUAAGAUUGGACCAAAGGUAUUCUAGGAAUUCUUUAUGGAAUAACUGUAGGAUUAUUUAGCAUAUUUUAUGGUUUUUUGAUUGGUUUAAUUGUGGUACUUUAUCUUAGUUACUAAAUUUGCAAAGCAUAUCACAAAUAUUAAUAAGAAUAGAAAAAUAAUCCAUAAGCUGUUUCCACACAGGAAAAUUGA